UUAACCGUUUGAAAAUUGAAUUUCGCUAUAAUAUAUGAUAUUUUAAUUUUUAAGUACUAUUAAUCAUAUUUACCCAUAAAGCAUAAUAAAUUUUAAAUCUAAAUCAUAUUUGCCAACAGAAGUAGCCAAAAUGUGUUUAAGAAAUGUGACAGUUUCAUUACUGUUUUCAGCAUGCAUCAGUGCUUUGGUAGUUUCUGGUCAUGAGUCUGCGCAACAAAUUCAUCAACUGGCUAAAAGGCAGCUCUUAUCCUAUCCGUACACAACCACCAAUCUCGCCCCUACACUUCCGCAGUCGUCGUACACUUUUAGUGGCGCUUGUACAUCCGGAAAUAUCCUGGGAACGAUUACUUCGACUAGCUUAUACGGAUUUCCGGCUACAUAUUCGGUGGACAGCGGCAGUGGCACCGGAAGCUAUUAUGUCUAUGCCCAGCCAACAACCGGGCAGAUUUACCUGUGCACUCCCACCAGCGGCACAUUUACUUUUAAUUUUCGUGCAGCAAAUCAGUAUGGGGCUAUCGCCGUACCGGUUACGGUGACUUGCACAGGGACGACGACAACCACUACUACUACUCUUUUUUCGACAUGCCCUUAUACGGGACUAGGAACCAGUAGUAUCUACCCUUAUGGAUCGACAUAUCCUUAUUCAACGGGAACGACUUAUCCUUAUACCACUGGAAUUUCUCCUUAUACAACGUAUCCAUACACAACAGGAACGACUUAUCCUUACACUACGGGAACGUAUCCGUACACCGGUACCACUGGAUUAACUUAUCCCUAUACAGGCACAACCUAUCCCUACACCACCGGAACAGCAUAUCCGUAUACAACAGGAACCUAUCCCUACUCUACUGGGUUAACUUAUCCAUACACCACAGGGACAACUUAUCCGUACACCGGAACGACAUACCCUUACACAACUGGAACAACUUAUCCGUACACCGGAACAACUUAUCCCUUCUCCACUGGAACCAGUUUCCCGUUUGGAACCACUGGUCUUACAGGAACGACAGGAACUGUGACCUUUAGCCAGAACAGCUACAAUUUCACCACAACGCAGUGUACAUCGGGAUCGACGGUCGGCACAGUAUCCGGUACAGGAUCAGGAUACACUAUAGUUACCGGUGGGAACGGAGUCUUCUCCAUAUCGCCUUCCGGCCAGAUUACCCUGACCUCGCAGCUUUAUACUGGCACAUACAGUUUAGUUGUCAGCGGUGGCUCAACGACAAACCAAAGACCCGUGACAAUCAUUGCAAAUUGUCAGAAUUCUGGAUUUACUCCUGGGCUGUUUGGACGUAAACGAUAAUUAAUAUUUUUAUUAGUAGGAGCAAUAACCCUCUUUUCGAUAAAUGUACUUACUUUGCAAAAUUUAUCCUCUGUUCGCAUUGUGCUUAGUCUGUACAUAUAGGUAACAAGCACACUGUUUGCAGUCUAACGGUCACUUUCACAAACA